GUCCCGCCGACUCGGCGGCUCCGGCUUCACUCCAGCUGCGCCCGUCGCCCGCCCGUGCGCUCCGGCAGCUCACCGCACGCUGCGCCUGACUUCCCCGCGGACGGCUUCGCGGGCGCGGAUCGCAGAGACCCGGGGGCCUGCGAGGAGCUUGGCGCCGCCCUAGUCCCACCCGGGGUGCCGGAGGGCGGCCGGGGAGGUCGGAGCGUCCCGACCCGCAGUGCCAAUGGACACCUGAUCCCCUGCUGCCUUUGUUUGAAAUCCAAGAAGUUUCCUUGUGCUGAUUUAACUGCCUGCGAUCUUUCCUAUCAUAAAAAACAAAACAAAACAAAAAAAUGCUGAUUCUGUCCAUUUUAACCCCUGUGUGAAACUGACUUUUAACAUACUUGUGCAUUCUUUGACCCUCCAUGAAAGAUGUCUGAACCUGGCUCUUCAUCUGUAUUUUCGGGUAACGUGGAAAAUGGAACUUUCCUUGAGCUCUUUCCUACAUCCCUGUCCACAUCGGUAGACCCUUCCUCAGGCCACCUGUCAAAUGUCUACAUCUAUGUGUCCAUAUUCCUUAGCCUUUUAGCGUUUCUCCUUCUGCUUUUAAUCAUUGCCCUCCAGAGGCUCAAAAAUAUCAUCUCUUCCAGUUCCUCCUACCCAGAGUACCCAAGUGAUGCUGGCAGUUCUUUCACCAAUUUGGAAGUCUGUAGUAUUUCCUCUCAAAGGUCCACUUUCUCAAACCUUUCCUCAUGAAGAAAACAGAAGAAUUCUUGAAUGCUGCAGCAGCCUCGGUUUUCCCUUGCGGGAAGUGUCACAUGAAGUAGUUGCUUCAUGAAAGAAAUAACCCCCUUUCUUUUCCAACCAAUGAGACCUGUGUCUCCUCCUUCACCCCUAAUCUCUCCUUCCAGUCAUGAUGCUUUCCAUUUGUGAAUGUAGGAGUUGAUGCUGACUCAGAGAAAUGUGUGCAAACCUUAAGGGGCAGAAUUUCACACAAACCACCUGACCAAUCCGGAGCGGACUUCUUGAGGGUGGAUCAGUUCACUUCACUCUGCUGGACACCCAAGGCGGAAAUCAUGCGAGGCGGCCUCACAGUGGGUGCUGGAUACAGACUCUUGCCCUUCAUUUCCCUUACAAAACCGUGAAACCAACUGAGCUGGCAGGAACUGGCAAAAUUAAGUCUGAGCUACUUAGAAGACAUUUUCCAUAUUUAAAAGAUAAAGUGGAAACAUCAAAUUAAAAAAAAAAGAAUCAAUUUAGAUUUAAUGUAUAACAUUCCUAUAACCGGAGGCAAAAUAUGCUAAAUGUUUUCACUUUAAUAAAUGAAAAUCACAUUUAUUGAUGAGUAAGUCACUAUGGAAAAGUUUUGGAAGAGUAACUUUUAAUAGCAAGACAAAUAUGUGUUAUGAUGCAGUCUGUAAUGUAUUUUUGCCUCUUGGUUUUUUUUUUCUACUUAUGUUAUAGUCAUAAUACUCCUACUGUUGUAGAAUUCUUUGUGAUAAUUGCUGUUACUAAGAGAAACACCCUAAGAGACACUAAGAAGUUUUUAUUUUAUAGCUAUACUUUCUAUUAGUGGAAAUUAAGCAUAUGGAAAAAUAUUCAUUUAGUUCUGUUUUCUGCAGUAAUAACUCCUAGCAGUCAUGUAAGCAUGUUCCUUUAUUCAGUUUCAUAGUCUUUAUAAUUUUAGUGCAGAAUUCUGUUAAGGCUCCCAGAUGUCAGAUGUUUGUUCACCCACAUUAGAUUGCAAAACUUAAGGGACUAAAUUGCUACUUUACAUAUUAUUAUAUACUCCAUGAAUGUGACAUGUCUCUGAUAAUUAGUUGUUCUAUGUUAACAUAACACUUUGAAUUAGAACCCCGGGAUGUGGGUUUUUAUUAGAAAUUAUAGACAUUCAAAUUGUGUAGCUGCUGAGAACUUAGUGAUCCGGGGAGCCCCUACUAUGUUCACCCAAACACUGAGCUUGGGGGCUUUGUCCAUGAAGUGAGGCAUACCUGUGAGCACAGACUUAGAAGACGGAAGAAAUCAAGCUCCCCCUAAAAACAAAGCAAAUAAACUACAGCUUCUUUAGAGUGAGAACUUUAAUUUAAUUUUAAAAAUAAUAAAUGGCCCACAGCAUAAACAAUGAAAUUCAUCAGCCUACGGAACCCACUGCAUCAACAUGCCCCAUCUUCCCAUGGCAAGUGGAUCAUUUCUUGUCCAAAACAUUUUCUAACCUUCAGUAGUGGAGUUUCAGUACAUCCUUUGGAUUGAUUGUGCAGGCGACACUGUCUAGUAACUCGAAUGGGAUAAAGAAUCCACCAUUUUUACAAGGUGUAUUUUUGUCAUUCCAAAAUGCUGAGACAGAUGAGGACUGGUAAUGAGGAUCUGAAGGUUGUUUGUUUGUUGUUUUUUUUCUUAAAUCCAUAAGCUUCACUUUAAAUCAGACCACAUUGAACUAUUUAUAUGAAAAAUGUUCCCAGACACCAUAAGACCUGCACAGAGUUGCUGUCCUAAAAUGCGUAAUUAGUGAAAACGUGGUUUCUGCUGCCAUUUCAAGCAUGGCAAUGUGUUGCAGUGUUAUCAUGUAGUGUAAAUGCUGGACUAGAAGAACUCCAUUACUUUAGAUCAUGAUCAGCUGUCUCUGAAUGUGUGUGUGUGUGUGUGUGUGUGUGUACUAAUGUAUAUAUAUAUUUUUUCACACGCUCCCAAUUAAAAAUUCUGUAAAAACUACAGGAUAACAGAGGCAUCUGUGUUAUCACCUUUGCUUUUUUGGUUAAUUUUGUGCUAUUUUGGUUAUUGAGGAAGAAAGGAUAUGGAUCAAGUGAUUUAAAAAAAAAAUAAAGUAACAAGUUUGCCACACAAUAGGAUAAUCUGAGUACCAUCUGUUCUAAGGGUAACUUUAUAUCCUUUCCUUCUGAAAGAGAUACAAGGGCUUCUGAAAGUAAAACUGCCUUAAAAAAAAAAUCUGCAGGUAGAUCCCCCUCCCUGCUGCUGCAGUGGUUCUUGCUCUCCAGAUUAAGUAGAGUAUUUAAAAGCAACAUUCGCAAAUGUGUAUUAGGACUUGUCAAGCUUGCCAAGAUAACGGAUUGCACAAUUUGAGAUGAACUUGUCCAGGAAGUUCAGAAAGGUUGGAGGACUGGUUUAUAAAUAAAGAAGUAGAGCCCACUGAAAGCCUGGUUCUUCUCUUAUUGUUUUCAGUGAGGUGGUCUUCCCUCUUAGGGAGGCUUUUCCAUCACUCUGUCUGCACAUCCUCUCUGA